AUGGCCGUAGAUAUUCUGGCACCGAUCAUUCUGGAAGGAAAGGCGGUCAAGGACAGCGCAUAUUGCCUCAACCAUGGCAAAGUUUGCAAGCUUCGAGUUGCUCGCCGGCACAUAGCCGGCACAAGCUGUGUUGGAUUUUCGCAGAAGGGCUCGGGCCUUAUGCUGGCAGACCCCAGCAUAGUUCACACGCUAUGUUGGAUUGCCCUUCGUUUACACUGCUGUGAAGCUGACAUCACACAGGAGAACGUCGCCCGCUGUCCGGUUGAUCUCUUCUCUAGGUUUAUGGCAGGUGUCUAUUUCAUUGACACAGUCAAGAUGGACGCUGUUCAAUUUGGAAUUGCGUGCGGUCGUGAACGUCAGUUCAUACGCUUCCGCCAUAGAAGCAAGAUCAUGUCGGAGGUCAGCCCGCUCUCCAGCUUUAUGAAGAGAUUCUUUCGUGCAGUUGAGUACUCAUGGCGAGAGCACUAUUUCAUCAAUCCUUGUGCUGAUGAAAGCGCCGGUGAUGGCAUUGUUCCCAAUGAGGCAUUGGAGGAUUUGCUGUGGGCAGCCAGCAGACCGUCGUCCUGUGCACAACAGCUUGAGUAUGACCUGUCACUUAAGGACAAGCAGUCUUUCAUCCAGGCAUUGACACCCACAGAGCAAAUGUAUCUCAGAAGCUACGAGAAAUCAUGGCCUGGGCAGGCCUUUCAGCUCAAUCAAGACCCUGAUUCCAACCAUGGUUCCCAUAGCAACCCGUGGAGCUUGCAAACAGUUAUCCACAAUGCGGGACUACUAUUUUCCCAAGCAGUUGACCCGCCACGCUGGAUGUUCGGGUGUGAGGUGUUAUCGACACAGGGGUUUCCUGUGGUGGCUGGAGUUUGGAACUUGAAAGGACCAAAGCCAAACACACCGUUAUGCAGCUUCAAUGUUCCUAGAACUACCAGGUCUUCUCGUGCUGCAGCAGAGCAAGCAGGAAAUGGAAUGAGUGUCCUCGUCAUGACCGUCGUGCAAAUGCAUAGCUUGGCAUGCUACCACUACGCGAAGCCUGGGCGAAUCCUCUCAAGUGUGGCCCUGGCCUCGAAAUACCAACGACAGAUGAUGAUUGAGGCAGGGAGAAAAAGGAGACAAUCAGGAGGUACUGAUGGUGAUGCCGAUGAGACCAAAAGGAGGUGGAGGGACGUUGCUAGAGACUUGUCGCCGCGGAACCGCUCCCCGCCCAAAGAGGCUUGCUUGCCAGGCAUCCAGAAGACUAUGACCACGGAGAUGGAGACGGAGACAUCUCUGAAACCCGGACUACUUACAGGAAAGAAACCAAGUGAUCCUGAGCUUGGUUGUGACCCUUACUCUGAAGAUGCUUCAGUGGAGCAGCUCUUCGGCAAUCUAGAUGGCGGGCCAUUGGUAGACGCCGUUCUCGAGUUCUACAGGGCUGAAGAGAGGACCGUACCAUUCUUCAUCAAAAGUGACCAGGGCGGCGAAAUGCUCAGGACUAUGCAACGAUCAACUUGGUCGCGGGAAUUGCAAGAAGACACGGUGUGCCAGUACAAGCAACGGAUUUUACAAGAGGGAUUGUCUCAGCGGGCCCUUUACCGAGCCCACGCAGAGUGUCCUGAAAAUUUCUAUGUCAAAAGUGCCAUUGAGCGAGGUCUACAGCGGGUGUCAAUCUUGGAUUCCAGAACCCCGAACAGCAUUUGGUCCAAAGUGAUCUCUGUCCUGAAUGGAUUUCACAAGGGAGCGGGUAGCAACAUCAUGGACUAUUUGCAGGAAGCUCUUCGACUUGAAAGUCAUUGGCGAGCUGAUUGCCAGAAAACGUUUCUCAGCUCGUCGAACCCGAGGUACAUGGAACUGCAGGCCACUUUCAUCUUGGCAAAAAGUGCAAGCAGUGACUUUAGCGGCUACUUCAAGACAUGGAGCAAUUACCAGGAUGCACUUGCAUUGGCCCAUUGCUUGGACCGCUUUCAAAUCAGGGAGCCUUUGUUCAAAUGGUUCAACCAGAAUGUGAACUUUCUCAAGGAUGGUUUUGAGGCGCUCCCAUGCUUGUCACAAAUGCAUCAAUUGUGCCUCAUUAUUCAGGGGACCAUGAGGAAAUACUAUGACAAGCAGUUGAUUGGGAUUAUGAUCUACGAAGCCCUCAAGUUCUGCGUUUCAUCCUCAGUUGAGCAAUGCAGUGCAAUGCAGAAGCAGGGUUCUUAUUUUGAACGUAUGGCUAACUUAUGGAGGCAUGUGAAAUAG